CCAACGCAUUAUUGAUGAUGCUCAAUCAAAUCUCAAAAACAGUAAAUAAACAAUCAGUCACAUUACACACCAGUUGUUGAUGUAAACAGAAGUUAGAUUUUAGGCUGGAAAGAGUGGGGCCCAACCAAGUCGCACAUUUCCUUUGACCAAACCUUUCCCACCCCGUGUUAUCUCAAUUCAACUCUUGGGUUAGGUUCCGGACUUUUAAAUGCCACACGUGUGGCCCUUAGUCAGAUAAGAGCAGACCCCCCCCUCCCCCCAAGCCCGAGCUCCUUCCCAGUCCCACCACGUCCUUAUAGCUGUUGGGUACUUGUCGCACUGUUCCGAAUUUUGCAUAUAAGUCCUGAAGCCAAAACCAGACACCAUACAAAAUUCCACAGAGAAUUUUCAGAGUCCUUACCGCCCAACCCCCUCAACUGAUCUACUGUUUUUUUUUAACCUUUUUUCGCUGGAGAUGCCUGGAAGUAGAGAGCCAUUAGAUUUGGUUGGCGUACAAGUUCCUUAUCAUUUCAGGUGUCCAAUCUCACUUGAGCUCAUGCGUGACCCUGUAACGGUCAGCACCGGCCAAACCUAUGACCGAACCAGCAUCGAGUCAUGGGUCGCAACCGGUAACACCACUUGUCCUGUCACUCGAGCCCCACUCUCUGACUUCACUUUCAUCCCGAACCAUACCCUUCGCCGCCUUAUUCAAGAUUGGUGCGUCGCUAACCAAGCCUUUGGUAUCGAGCGAAUUCCUACACCUAAACAACCUGCCGAGCCUACCGUAGUUCGGUCUUUACUGAAUCAAGCUUCCUCCGUUUCAAAUCCGUUUCAAUCUCGUCUUUCUGCUCUGCGUCGGCUCAAGGGACUCGCCCGUGACUCCGACAAAAACCGUUCAGUGAUUUCCUCCCAUAACGCACGUGAAAUACUCAUAAACAUCGUAUUUUCAGACACGGGGUCUGGUUCGUCAGAGUUGAAUCAGGAGGCACUGGCGCUUUUGGUAAUGUUUCAACUCACCGAAUCGGAGUGCGCAUCAAUUGCUUCGGAUUCAAACAAAGUAAUCUACUUAUCACAACUCCUGUUCCAUUCCUCAAUUGAAGUCCGAGUCAACUCAGCUUCGCUCAUCGAAAUCGUUGUUGCCGGAACAAGAUCGUCAGAUCUCCGAGCUCAGAUAAGCAAUGUAGAUGAAAUCUUCGAAGGCGUCACCGACUUAUUGAAAAACCUCAACUCUUAUCCACGAGCUCUAAAAAUCAGCAUUCGAGCUUUAUUCGCCUUGUGCUUAGUUAAACAAACCAGGCACAAAGCGGUUCAAGCCGGAGCGGCGGAGACGUUGAUCGACCGGCUAGCCGAUUUGGAUAAGUGCGAUGCGGAACGAGCUUUGGCGACGAUAGAGUUGUUAUGUCGGAUCCCCUCGGGGUGUUCUGCGUUUGCGGCACACGCGCUUACGGUUCCAUUGUUGGUUAAGACAAUAUUAAAGAUUUCGGACAGGGCCACGGAGCACUCGGCUGGUGCGCUCGUGGCGCUGUGUUCGGAGUCGGAACAGAGCCAAAGGGACGCGGUGAGUGCGGGUAUCCUGACGCAGUUGCUGUUGUUGGUUCAAAGUGAUUGUACGGACAGGGCCAAGAGGAAGGCUCAAACGUUGCUGAAGUUGCUUCGGGAUUCGUGGCCUGAAGAUUCUAUUGGGAAUUCGGAUGACUUCGCUUGCAGUGAAGUCGUACCCUUUUGAUUGAUACUUACUAGAUUUUCGAAAAAUCAAAGAGAGAGAGAGAGAGAGAGGAGGUU